UUUUUUUAUGAAAUUGUUCUCAUUUUAAUAGUAAAUGUUUAACGAAUUUAUUGAAAAUGCAUGGACCAUUUGUGUCUGAAAUAAGAGAUUAUCUUAUCUUAUCGUAAUAGGAUUCCAAUACAAUAGGAUCGAACAAUCUAAUUUAUAUGUGGCGAAUAGGCCGGGGUCGAAAGAUUAUCGUUCCACAGGUACGCAUGAGCGGCCAUUUGCAGAAAACAUGAAGAUGUUUUUAGCGGUGAUUGUGUUUUCUUUGUAUUUUUUUAUGUACACAGAUGCUUGUUUGUCAUGUACAAAAUUAGGAAUCACCACAGAGUGUCUGUGCGAAGAAGGAAUAUGUUUACACAUUGAAGAUGACAAAAUAUACCUUGUCAAACUGACUGGAUCGUGUAACUGUAAUGUUACGUAUAUAUCCAAGAAACCCUCACUGGUCCUAAAUAGGAACGAUGCAUCUUGUUCCUGGACAUGUUCAAGUUUUCUUUGUUUUCCUGAUAAUGCAACAGUUACAACCAAAAGUAAUCUGUUACUUACCACACUGACAACAGGUGCAGUACCUCAAAAGACAGAAGCUACAACAGAAAAGACACCAAUAACAACAGGAGUAACAACAUCAACUAUCACCAUAGGAGAAGCAACAGACACAACACAGACAAUAUCCAUGACAGUAACAACAACAGAUAUAAAUUAUACCAUUACAGGAUUGUGGAUUUGGGCUGUAGUUUUCAGUGUUUUCAUUGUAGCUGCCUUAAUGAAACUUAUUCUUCAACUGCGAAAACAACAGAACCAAUACUUACCACUGCUUAGAAGCCUUAAUUCUACCACAAAUUCACAUCUUUAUAGCCAGACCAUGCAGUCCUCAUAUUUAAGUAUGGAAUCAUCCCAAACACCAUCAGCACAGGGAAAUAUUAGCACGCCUGAACCAUUCAAUCGUAGCAUCUACACGCCACCACAGUCAUCAAGCCCAAAACAUGAUACACUACCAUCACCACCUACAGUAUUUCAUAUCAAUGACCAAGAGGAAUCACCUGAACCUUCUGCAUCACCAAUUGAAUUGAUGUCAAUAUCUCCCAUUGCCAGUAGAACAAGAACCAAAACCAAAAAAAAGAUCAUGUUUGAGGAAAUUAAUUUGUAAAAAAAAAUUACUUGGACAUUUUGAAUCAAAGUCAGAAAAAAAAUCAUAACUUUUAAUUUUUUUUUUUUUUAUUUCUUUGGAUAAAAAAAGACCAUAAUUGUCUAAAUAAAUAUUUUUUAGUGCAUCAGUUUGUUCAAGAAAGAAAAAUAGCAACAACAAAAAAAUCAGAAAUACUACUACUUAAGGUUUAGACUACACAUUCCAAAUAGGCUGAUUUGUUGUCAAUUUUUAUUUUCAUGAAUGUUUAGACUACAAUUCCACAUAGGUUGUUUUGUUGUCAAUUUUUAUGUCCAUGAAGGUUUAGCCUACAAUUCCAAAUAGGUUGUUUUGUUGCCAAUUUUUAUAUUCAUGAAGGUUUAGACUACAAAUUCUAAAUAUGUUUGUUUUAUUGUCAACUUUUAUAUUCAUUAGGGUUUAGAAAAGCAUGUCUGUCAUUAUUAUUAGAUUAGAUUU